UGAUAUAUUUGAUCUCCAAAUUGUAUUUUUGAAUAUAAAGCCUAGAAACAGUGUAUGUUUCGCUCACCCAGCGCCAACCCGGUAGCACCCAUCUAGGAUGGAGCUAAAUGGCGUAGGGAUAAUUCAAGGUAAGCAUGGUUUAUAUCCUAUUGAGUCGUAGUAAUGCUAAUAUCAUUUACUAGGUAAGCAUGGUUUAUAUCCUAUAGUGUACUGGAUUAGGGGAGUAUCAUUUUUGCCUAGAAGCAGCCACCCUUGAAAGAGUGCGUAAUAGCUCACUGAUCGAGCGCUCUUGCGCCGAAGAUGAACGGGGCUAAGCGAUCUGCCGAAGCUGUGGGAUGUCAAAAUACAUCGGCAGGGAUAUUUGAAUUCCUUGUCCACUCUUUCCAGUAUUUUCCGAAAAACAGCAAUUAGGAAUAGAGAAUAUAUAUCAAAGAAAGGUCUAACUGUUGGAAUCAUUUUUUCCAUUGCUAUUUGAUACAUUUCGGUCAUUAACAUUAGUGAAUUAGGUGAAAGUGCGGAAAGAGAGGGAUUCGAACCCUCGGUAAACAAAAGCCUACAUAGCAAUUCCAAUGCUACGCCUUAAACCACUCGGCCAUCUCUCCUACAUAAUGAUUAUGACCCAAAAACCGAGUGAAUAGCGAGUCAGUCAUAAACAAUUAUUGAUUGGAUAGGUACGACCAAUCCAUUCUAACUAGAAAAAUCGAGAAUUUUGCAUUCCCAAAUGGUGGGAGUUUUCAUUUUUGGAAUAUCCUCCUUCCUUGGAUUAGUACUGGGACGCAUAUAUCAAAAGCUCAGUGUGAAAUUUGAAUGAGAUAUAUCUUUCUUUUUUCAAAUUCAAAAUGUUCAUAAUUGAGGUUACACAAAAUCGGAGCCAGAAAAGGAAAAAGUGGAAUCUGGAAAAGUCUUCUCUAAGGGUAAUGUAAUUGAGUGAAAUUCAUUUUGUAUCGUACAAGAAAGGAAUUCCAUUUGUGUAUGUGCUCCCGAUAAAAAGAAAUAAGGUACUCUAUUCCAUUACAUACAUGGAUCGGGUUGAAAAACCAGACCCAGUCUCUCUUGGAAUCCUGAAUAUGCCAAUAAAUAAUGAAUUGAUAUAUUUAUGGAAUCCGUCGGGACUGACGGGGCUCGAACCCGCAGCUUCCGCCUUGACAGGGCGGUGCUCUGACCGAUUGAACUACAAUCCCAGGAAAAUUAGGUGUACAGCCUAAAAUCAAUUUAGAUUCGAACCAUUUAGUUUCGCUGUGUUGUAAGAGAGAGACGAAUGAUAUACUUUAUUAUUAUUAUUAUCUAAUUAUAUAUAAUUAUUAUGAAAAGAAAAUGUAGUAGACUCAUAGUGGGCUAAUUCAUGAAUUGAAUCAAAUGGGGCCUUUUCAUUUCCAAAAUUGGAACAACAUUAAACUAAAGAGUCACGCUCUUUAAACGCCCUAUAAGAAGAAGAAAGAGGCUUAAGUCAUCGCUUCCAAUCCGAUAAAGGGCUUUUUUCUUUUCCACGAAAGUCCGUCCCAACAAUUGUUGCAGAGGAUCUAAAUAUGAAUAUGAAAAAAAAAAAAGGUAACCGCCUGGAGAGUCGUUUUUUUGUUUUUAAGUGGAAUGUUCAUUAUCAUAAUAAGUAGUCGAUUAGGAGAACUGCUAUCUCACUACAGAGUAUACUCUUCCUCAUCUUUCAUUAUUCAUCUUUUAUGUCCUGGGACAUAGAUAUUCUAGAUACCCCCUUCUAUUAUGAAUCGCCAAAGUCUUCCUACUUCUCCAUUGUUACAAUCAGAUCCGAAAAAUGAGAAAUCAAUCAAAAUGGACCUGAAUUGAAUCAUGACUAUAUAAGCUAUUCUGAUAUUAAGAGAUUUCAUAUAGAUUUCAUUCGUGGAAGCGGACCUUUGAUUUCCUUGGACCACGUAAGAAUUCGUCGUCCGAUUGAAUCUGCUUUUUCCUGGAUGCUCUAUAGGAAUCCAUCGCUAUUCCUUUCCUCCACCGAUAAAGGUUCAUCCCGAGUCACAAGAGCAAUCUCUUUUUUUUGAAUUCUUUUUUCUUUUCGUUAUGGUAAUGCAAUGCAAGAGGUCGGAAAUCAGGUUGUUUCUGAUGAUGAAAAGAGCUUUUAUCUUAUGUGAAAUUGUUGAAAACCCGAAAUGUCGGUAAUGUUAGAAGACGACCUACGGCAUCUGAUGGUCAGAUGCCUACGGUCGGUAUAUCUUUGAAAGCUCAGACGGAGAGAAUAAACGGACUCCUCGAGGGCUACUUAAGCCACUUUAGUGCAAACCAGAAGGACUGGAGCUGUUGGAUGUUGCUCAGUCCUGCUAUAACUUAACAACCAAAAAGCUCUGCGUCGAACUUCAGCCCCUUCGAGUUGGCCACGGGGUAACAGCCUCUGACGCCCCACACCAUUGCGACAGGAGGGGGCUUGCCCAUCAGCCUACUUUGCCAAGAGGCGGCAGGAGCGCAACGACCUUAGCCCAAACCUACUUAAACAACCUAAAGGCUUGGCCCGGUCUGAAAGUAGACCUUGUAGAAAAGCGGAUAGGAAAGGUAGCCUAUAGACUCAAGCGACCAGCUCGGUGAAAACGAACCCCGUAUUCCAUGUGAGUCAGUUGACUUCGAUUAGACCAGACCGCCCCAGAGAGGAACGUGCCCACGAGGGCACCACCAGAUGUUGUAGAUAAACCUACUAAAGAAGAAGUUGAGUAUAUCAUAGCUGACCGCACCAUGGGCUAGCCCAUACACCCACUGCACGAGCGGAAUACUACUUAGUCAAGUAGAAAGGCCAACCUGAGAGCGAGGCAAGCCGGGAAGGGGCUGAGACUUACGAUUCGAAGACCAAGUCAGAGACUACUAGACGUCUCGCAGAGCGACUCUCAACGAGGACGUUGAGACUGUUCGAAAAAAAAAAAAGAUUUUUUGGCUUAAUCCGCCUUUACUAAAGAAAAAAGAGUACACUUGUACUCCGGCUAAUAAGGGAAAGGUUUUUUUUCAAAUCCAAGUUUGACUCUGAUUAGAUCCUUAGCGCAAGCGCUAAGUAAGCAAGCUACCGCUCCGUGGGGUAAAAACCGAGGAAAAUAAAGAACGUCAAGUAGAAAGGAACAAGGUCUUACGGCACGAUCACUAUAUCUUUGAUUUUUCUUUAUCUCUCCUCGGCUUGAGCCGAGUGGAUGAUACGUGGCGUGGUAUACCUGAUCGUUUAGUCAACAAGACGUACGUAAGUCGACAUAGCUCCAUGUAUAUGUUCUUUGGAGCUAGAACCAAUCAAUAGAAUGAAAUGAAAUAAUGGUAAGCCUAGGGCGACGAACAUGGCUCAAGAGUGUCUAUACAAAGCCCCUCUCUUCUUCACUCAAAGAGGCAAUGCACCCUUUGUUUGAAUGGUACUUGAUUCAUAAAGAAUGAUUCUUUUGAAGUUAUACGGACUUUCGAAAAAAAAAUGCCACGCGGAGCGUGUCACGAGAUAUAUCGCUCUCGGACUUCUUACGGUAAGGCCAAUGCACCAGCCAGCCAGUGUGGUGGCGAACACGCUGUGCUCUAAGCGUCGCUGUUUACCUUGUAGACGGAGGAGAUAUAGAAAGUGUGCCGUGCUUGAUUCAUAAGAUUCUAUAAUCAAUAGCACCAGUAUAUUAUUUUACGACGCCUGCCUCUCCCAUGACUUUCCGGACCAACCAACCCGGAUCUGCCUUCGCAAGUCUCUCUGCAUUUUGGGAGCAGAGCAUGCAGCAAAAUCGAGCAAUGGAUCUUAGAAGAAUUCCACUUUGAAGCACGACUCUUUCUAUUUCUGUGCUGGCAUUUGAGUUGUCUCCCUUCCUCUUUCAAUCGAAACACUCGACGCAGAUAGCUCCGGUGGCCCCCGCUUCUGCCUCUAUCAGGCGGCGACAGCCCCCCCCCCUCCACACCCACAGCAUAGAGGAGCUGCUCCAACAUCCGCACUACAACCCAAAAAAAUGCUCUCCAGAGCGAUAUAUGAUGCUAAACCGAGACCGAGAUAUAGAGAGGGCUGUCCUUUUGUUUUGUUGUCUCGAAGAGACAAAAGUACUCAUAUGAAUGGUGCUAAUUCCCAUGUUCUUUCGAGUCUCGUUUGGUUUCGAGAGCCUCCCUCUCCCCGUCCCUUACUCGUCUUUUGAAAGCCGUCAUCCUGGAUUUUCUUUCCGUAUGCCGGGGAAAGUACCUCACCCUCACCUUUCUACAUUUAUUAUUAUAUAGAAUUUCCUCGGGUCUCUAUAAAACAGAAUGAAAAGCCCGGGUGGAAGCACAAACAAAAGGAGAGAGAAAAAGUCGAAAAGAAAGGGGGGAAGAAGUCUAGUGCUAGUUCUUACUAACACUUCUUUAUCUAACUUUCAUUUUUGAGUGCUUUCUUUGUUCUCUUAUUUGGAUUGAAAGAAAGAAAAAACUUUUCUUUCUCUUCUUUAUUUUGGUUUUAUCCCUUCGACGAAUUUCGGCUAUGACCAAUGCCCCACUAGCUAAAUAGGCGUAAGAAAAAGCUACCUGAAAAAAAAGCAAGGUGCACCUUGAAUUGAACUCGACGAAUUUCGUUUUGCCAGAGAGAUUUUUUGUGAAAGAUUCUCCAUUGGUAAUUCCAAAAUCGAAAGAAUCUAAAUAAAGGCGCAUACGCGGGAAGGGGCCCCCACUACUUCUUCAUUCAGGGGGGAGGGGGGGAGACUAGCCUCAUUACUUCCCACUGGGCGAGAGGGGCACCUAACCCACCUACCCACUCAUCAAUCACGGUGUUCAGCUGACUUGCACUGAUAGACCCCUAUUGUAUUGGAAUUAGGCGCCCAUCUUUUUCCUGUUGUCAAUGAAUCUCUUCCAUGUUCGAUUCUACUCUAUGUUAGAACAUUUCUGUGAAUGCUAUUCUGAUCUAAGUGGUCUUAUUCUUUGUCCCGUGCUAGGAAGCAUUACUCCUCUUUUCAUUCCAAAUUCAAGAAUACGACCGAUACGAUUAAUUGGUCUGUGCGCCUCUCUUAUUACUUUUUUGUAUCCCCCUGUUCUUCGGAUACAAUUCGAUCCUUCUACGGCCAAAUCUCAAUUUGUGGAAAGCCUUCGAUGGCUUCCUUAUGAAAACAUCAAUUUUUAUUUGGGUAUAGACGGUAUCUCUUUAUUCUUCGUGAUAUUGACCACAUUUCUGAUCCCUAUUUGCAUUUUAGUGGGUUGGUCUGGUAUGAGAAGUUAUGGGAAAGAGUAUAUUACAGCAUUUCUAAUUCGUGAAUUUCUAAUGAUCGCCGUGUUCUGCAUGCUGGAUCUUCUACUAUUCUAUGUUCUUCCCGAAAGUGUGCUAAUCCCUAUGUUCAUUAUUAUAGGGGUAUGGGGUUCGAGACAAAGAAAGAUCAAGGCAGCAUAUCAGUUGUUCCUUUAUACUUUACUUGGAUCUGUUUUUAUGCUAUUAGCUAUUCUGUUGAUUCUUCUCCAAACAGGAACAACCGAUUUACAAAUCUCAUUAACCACAGAAUUUAGUGAGCGGCGCCAAAUCUUUCUAUGGAUUGCUUCUUUCGCCUCUUUCGCCGUCAAAGUGCCUAUGGUACCAGUUCAUAUUUGGUUACCCGAAGCUCAUGUAGAGGCACCUACGGCAGGAUCCGUCAUCUUGGCAGGAAUUGCUUUAAAAUUGGGAACCUACGGGUUUUUAAGAUUUUCAAUACCCAUGUUUCCCGAAGCGACACUUUGUUCCACUCCUUUCAUUUAUACUUUAAGCGCGAUUGCUAUAAUAUAUACUUCCUCGACCACUUUAAGGCAGAUCGAUCUUAAGAAGAUCAUUGCUUACUCCUCAGUAGCUCAUAUGAAUCUGGUGACUAUUGGUAUGUUUAGUCCGAACAUACAGGGAAUUGGAGGUAGCAUUCUACCGAUGUCAAGUCAUGGACUGGUUUCUUCAGCCCUUUUUCUAUGUGUUGGUGUUCUAUAUGACCGACAUAAGACUCGACUUGUUAGAUAUUACGGAGGUUCAGUGAGCACCAUGCCGAAUCUCUCUACCAUUUUCUUCUCUUCCACUUUGGCCAAUAUGAGUUCACCUGGUACUAGCAGCUUUAUCGGGGAAUUUCUCAUCUUAGUAGGAGCUUUCCAAAGAAAUAGCUUAGUAGCCACAUUAGCAGCGCUUGGGAUGAUUUUAGGCGCGGCCUAUUCCCUUUGGCUAUAUAAUCGUGCGGUUUCUGGGAAUUUAAAACCCGAUUUCCUCCAUAAAUUCUCCGAUCCAAAUGGCAGAGAAGUUUCCAUAUUUAUACCUUUUCUUGUUGGAGUUGUUCGGAUGGGUGUUCACCCCAAAGUGUUCCCGGACCGCAUGCAUACAUCCGUAAGUAACUUAGUGCAACAUGGAAAAUUUCAUUGAGAGGAAUCAGCAAAGAAAAGAAAAACGGGUCAACAA